AUGCGAGGUGUUUGGAUCUGGCUGAAAAUAGCUAUGCUUCACUCUGCGGUCAAUCACCUUCUGGAGGCGGGCUUUACCCCUGCUCUCUCCCCCUCUCUCCCCUGCUCUCUCCCCCUCUCCCCUCCUCUCUCCCCUGCUCUCUCCCCCUCUCUCCCCUGCUCUCUCUUCCUCUCCCCUGCUCUCUCCCCUGCUCUCUCCCCCUCUCCCCUGCCCUCUCCUCCUCUCUCCUCCUCUCUCCUCCUCUCCCCUCCUCUCUCCCCUGCUCUCUCCUCCUCUCCCCUGCUCUCCCCUCCUCUCUCCCCUGCUCUCUCCCCCUCUCCCCUGCCCUCUCCCCCUCUCCCCUCCUCUCUCCCCUGCUCUCUCCCCCUCUCCCCUGCCCUCUCCUCCUCUCCCCUCCUCUCUCCCCCUGCUCUCUCCCCCCCUCUCUCCCCUGCUCUCUCCCCCUCUCCCCUGCCCUCUCCUCCUCUCUCCUCCUCUCCCCUGCUCUCCCCUCCUCUCUCCCCUGCUCUCUCCUCCUCUCCCCUGCUCUCCCCUCCUCUCUCCCCUGCUCUCUCCUCCUCUCCCCUGCUCUCUCCUCCUCUCUCCUCCUCUCUCAUCCUCUUCCCUGCUCUCUCCUCCUCUCCCCUGCUCUCUCCUCCUCUCUCCUCCUCUCUCAUCCUCUUCUCUGCUCUCCCCUCCUCUCUCCCCUGCUCUCUCCUCCUCUCCCCUGCUCUCCCCUCCUCUCUCCCCUGCUCUCUCCUCCUCUCUCCCCUGCUCUCUCUCUCUUCUCUCCCCUGCUCUCUCGUCCUCCUCUCCCCUCCUCUCUCCUCCUCUCCCUGCUCUCCCCUCUGCUCCCCUGCUCCCCUUCUCUCUCCCCUACUCUCUCCUCCUUGCCCCUCCUCUUUCCCCUGCUCUCUCUUCCUCUCUCCUCCUCUUUCCCCUGCUCUCUCCUCCUCUCUCCCCUGCUCUCCCCUCCUCUCUCCUCCUCUUUCCCCUGCUCUCUCCUCCUCUCUCCCCUGCUCUCCCCUCCUCUCUCCUCCUCUUUCCCCUGCUCUCUCCUCCUCUCUCUCCUACUCUCUCCUCCUUGCCCCUCCUCUCUCCCCUGCUCUCUCCCCUCCUCCCCCCUCCUCUCUCCUCCUCUCUCCCUCCUCUCUCCUCCUCUCCCCUCCUCCCCCCUCCUCUCUCCUCCACUCUCCUCCUCUCUCCUCCUCUCUCCUCCUCCUCUCUCCUCCUCUCUCCUCCUCUCUCCUCCUCUCCCCUCCCCUCCCCCCUCCUCUCUCCUCCACUCUCCUCCUCUCCCCUGCCCUCCCCUCCUCUCCCCUGCCCUCUCCUCCUCUCUCCUCCUCUCUCCUCCUCUCUCUCCUCCUCUCCCCUCCUCUCUCCUCCUCUCUCCUCCACUCUCCUCCUCUCCCCUCCUCUCUCCUCCUCUCCCCUGCCCUCCCCUCCUCUCCCCUGCCCUCUCCUCCUCUCUCCUCCUCUCUCCUCCUCUCCCCUCCUCUCCCCUCCUCUCUCCUCCUCUCCCCUCCUCUCUCCUCCUCUCUCCUCCUCUCCCCUCCUCUCCCCUCCUCUCUCCUCCUCUCCCCUCCUCUCUCCCCCUCUCUCCCCCUCCCUCCCCUCUCUCCCCCUCUCUCCCCCUCUCUCCCCCUCUCUCCCCCUCUCUCCCCCUCUCUCCCCCUCCCUCCCCCUCUCUCCUCCUGCUGCUGA